CCUCCUCAUCAUCAAUCAUAUAUAUAUAUAUAUAUAUUAAUAUUUACUCACCAUCAAUUUCUUCAAUAAACCUCUACUCAAUUCCAUUUCUUGUUUAAUUUCCCUGGAUAUAUAUCUAUAUGUACAUGAGAAACAUCACCAAGAUAUUUUAGCUAGCUAGUUACCUAUUAGCUAGCUAAUAUAUAGAUCCACAGAAAUAUAUAAUUCCGUCUUGAAAUAAGCAAUUAAGAAAAGAAAUCAACAUGAAUUUUAUUGGAAAGACUAGUGGUGAUGAUAGUGGUAGUAGCACUGGUAGUAGAAGACAACAGCAAGAAGAAGAAGAUGAAGAAGAAAGACGAAACACGACGACAGGAGGUCCAAUUACAGGUCAGUCGUUAUUCCCUAAUAAUUCAUCUUCGUCUUCAUCUCCUUCUCCUCAUCAACCCCCGUCGUUUCAUCCUCAUCAACCUCCAUACCAAAAUCCGCGUGGAGGAUGGAUGUUUGAUGGCCACGGGGGCGAGCCUUCGACACGGAUAAUUAGUAGUAGUCAUGACCCCAUGAUGUUGGAUAAUUACUCUCCAUCAGCUGUGACACCUGCAUCAGCCGAUACAAAUAUCAAUGAUGAUGAUAAUAAUAAUCAACAAGCAGGUGGAGGAGAAAGAGGGAUGAUGAUGGUGGUGGAGAGAGAGCACAUGUUUGAUAAAGUGGUGACCCCGAGUGAUGUCGGGAAGCUCAAUCGUCUCGUGAUACCGAAGCAACACGCCGAGAGAUACUUCCCGUUGGAUUCGUCCACCAACGACAAGGGGCUUUUGCUGAAUUUUGAAGAUAGGAACGGAAAACCCUGGAGGUUUAGGUACUCGUAUUGGAACAGCAGCCAAAGCUACGUGAUGACCAAAGGUUGGAGCCGUUUUGUUAAAGAUAAGAAGCUAGAUGCUGGGGACAUAGUUUCCUUCCAACGCGGGGUCGGUGGUUCGGCCAAGGACCGGUUGUUUAUAGACUGGAGGCACCGUCCAGAUGCACCCGCCCCACCGUACCAAUUAUCAUCAUUUCCACUGCCGCAUCAUCACCAGUAUUCUUUUCAAAACAGGAAUAUUCAUCCUUGGAAUCCGCUUUUCUUGCAAUCACAACCAGUCCCAUCAAGAAGUCACUCUAACUUAAUGCUACAGCCGCCUCCUAAUUACCGAUAUGGAUUAACAAACACCACCGGCCCUUACCACAAUAUAGGUACUGGCAGUGUAGUUAAUGUGAAUAAUAAUCAAGGUGGUGGUGGUGGUUCUUCAUCAGGAUCAGUAAUUUAUUUUAGAUCAGCAGCAGGUGGUAUCCCACAACAUCAUCAGAUGGAUAUGAUGCAUCAUCAUCAUCAAAGAAGUGGGGUUGGAAUUGGAUCAUCAGUGGAUCCACCUCUACUACCUCCACCGCCAACACCGCAAUCUCAUCAUCAACCUUCUAAUCUAGUGUUUGAAUCCGUACCAGUGGUUCAUGGGAAAGCAGCUGCUAAGCGGCUUCGGUUGUUUGGAGUUAACAUGGAUUGCCCCAUUUCAGAUGAAGAUGAUCAAGCUGAUUAUGACGGCCCCUCCUCAAUGGCUUCGGCUGCCACUACUUCCAUGGGAAAUUACCAUCAUGACCGGGAUACCCUUUAUCACUAUCCACCAACACCGUCUUCUUCUACUAUACCUUACCUGCAAUUGAGGCCUAAUUAUGGAGGAGGAUCAGAAAUUUCCCAGCACCAUGAGUCCCCAAUGGCGUCUUCUCCAUCUACUACUGAUAUUGCCUUCAAUAAAGCCAACAAAUCAUCAUCAUCUUCUCAUAUGUCUUUGGAUUUGGAUAUAUGAUGAUGUAUCAACACGAUAUACGAGAUCAAAUAGCUGUGGCGUGCUACUCGAGUAAGUAUCAUCCAAGGAUGCGAUGCAUUAUUAGUAUUCAAGGAAGUGGCUGGUAUGUUGUAGCCUUUUCAUUACAGAGUUUUGAUUUGAUUUGAUCAGUUUUUUAUUAUAUCCAAGAGUGUUUGAUGAGGCGUGCGAUCAAGUAAAUCAGUAGUGGGCAAGAAUUGAAGUCAAUUUACAAGGCAAAAUCCCAAAUCAAAUGUAGUUAGCUAGCUAAGGUUUGUUAAUGAUGGUUGAUUGAAGGUGAUCGAUUGAUUGGAGAGUGCUAUAUAUAUAUUCUGCAAAAAAACUAUAUAUUGGAAGUAAUCAGAGGUUGAAACUGAUUUUUAGUUUUCAGCUACUUAAUUUUUA